AUGGGCUGCAUCUGCAGCAACCACCAGGUGUCACAGCAUGUGCAGCUGGCGCAGUCGCGGCGUGAGUCUGCGAGUGGGCCAACUUUGCUCCAAGAUCGGCCAAACAGAAGCGCCAAGGACAGCAAGGCUCAUGAGAAGAGAUUCGAGCUUGAAGCGGAUGCAGGAGUUCCCUUCCAAGGACGUUCGAGUGGUAGUGCAAAGUGCGAGGAGCCGUGGGAGAGGGAGCUGCUUGAGGUGAGUGCGGAGUUGAAGCGAAAGCUUGAUGAUCCACACUUUGUGGCGAUGCGAUGCGAUUUGGAUGGCUCUGGUGAUCUGGAUCUUCAUGAGCUCAAGCAGGCAGCUCAGGUCUUUGGCAUGAGGUUCGAAUCGAAGAAGUCCGAAGAUAUAACAAAGCUUCGAGGGCUCAUGGCAGGGAAGCAGCGGAUCAGCAAGGAGCGCUUCGGUGAGCUAGUGAAGGAGUUUCAGGGAUCUCCGGGGUUUGUGAAGGAGUUUCAGCCUGUACAGCGAACCUUUGAUCAACAAAGCUAA